AUGAACCGACGACCGUCAACAGCAGGGCUCCGCGGCGAAAUGGCGAGCUUUCUUCAUAUGCUCAAUAGAAUUUUAAAUGAGCAUCGAAUGCAGCACAUAAAAAGCUAUCGGCUAACAAUAUUAUGUGAGCUGGUGCGUCGGAAAGCCAGUUGCGGAGUUCCUUGUAUGGUGAAACGAGUUCGUCUGGAGUCCCACACGUUUCGACUUUUUGCUGAUGCAAGCGCUAGGGCAUCUUCGGCUCACGUAACUUGGAACUUCGACGUUCACACGUCCUUAAGGAUCGAAGAAGCGGUUGGGGCUCAUGUUAUUCUGGACAGGGUAUGGUAA